AUGAAAAUAGCGAUCGAAGGCUGUUGUCAUAGUCAACUAGAGACGAUCUAUAGAACCUUAGAGCAUAUUCAACAGGUAGAAAAAAUCAAAAUAGAUCUAUUGUUGAUAUGUGGCGAUGUUCAGACUGUUCGCAAUUGGGCAGAUCUAGAUUCUGUAGCAGUUCCAAUAAAGCAUCGAUACCUGGGCACCUUUUAUAAAUAUUAUUCUGGGGAAUGUAAAGCUCCGAUUCCGACACUCGUGAUCGGAGGAAAUCAUGAAGCGAGCAAUUAUUUGUGGGAAUUAUAUCAUGGAGGAUGGGUGUGUGAAAAUAUAUAUUUCCUUGGAUAUGCAGGAGUUGUCAAUUUUGGUGGUCUUCGAAUAGGAGGAAUCUCUGGGAUUUAUAAGAUGAAACAUUAUGAUUUGGGUCAUUUUGAGACUCUUCCAUAUUCGGAUUCAGGUCUGAGGAGUAUAUAUCACAUUAGGAAUUAUGAGGUCACUAAACUUGAACAACUAAGAAAACCGUUAGACAUUUUUAUGUCACAUGAAUGGCCUCGAGGUAUCGAGCGAUACGGAGAUACGCGGCGCUUGAUUGCAAAUAAACCUUUUUUUCAGGGCGAAGCAAUAGCAACCUCUACCACUAACACUGCAAUAGAAGUAACAAAAGCACAAAUUCCUGUCGUUGAUCCGGAUGAAAUUCAAAUUGAUAUAAAUGAAUCCGAAGAUAAUAACGAUUUAAUGGACAAAGCAGAAGACGAUGGAAAAUCUACUGCGAUAACAACAGAAGAAUCGAAAGAUGUUAUAAGUUUGUCGACGACUCCUCCACGUUUUGACAAUGCUGUGAUGCUGACGGUGGAAGACGACGACGAAAUUAUGACAAAUAGUAAUACAAUGGAUGCAUCUACGCCUCCAGUUGACUUCAGCAUUUCAUCGCCAUCGUCAUCUGCUGGCGAUGUUUUAGAUUUUCCAGAAGCAAAUGGACCAUUGGAGUUCACGUAUGAUGAAGAAUGGUUAGCAAUCACGAAAGCGAUGCAUCCGUAUCUUAGUAUUGCUCAACAUCAGACAAAAAUACCGUCUGACCCAGAGUUACAACGACAAAUUGAAGUUCAAAAGACAUGGGUGCGUGAAAAUAUCGCUUCACGAGCGAAUGGACUCACUAUUCCGCAUAAUUUCAAGCACACGAGUCCGCCAAUCGUUGAAGAUGAUAAUAAUCUUAAGUGGAAUUCAUUGGAUCCUCGCGUCGAAAACAAGAUUAAUCCAAAAGGUCAAAUUGUUAAAUAA